CUGGCAACACCACACUUUUGUGUCAUGUCGGCUGACGGACGGUCGUGUGCCGUUGAUUUUUCUCUUGGGUGUGUUUAUGACGUGAUUUAAUUGUUAUUAGCAUAUAACUGGACUUGUUCUUAACAGUAAACAGUGGUGAUAAGGAAAGUGUUAAUAUGUUGCGGAUUUUAUUAGAUACAUUUUGGGAUGAAUAUGUGUGGUUGCCACCAAAUACUACCUGGGAGGAUUUGGCUCCAGGACCUGAUAAGCCUGUAGUUUAUAAUGAUUACAGGCAUCUUGCGUACCCCCUGCCCUUAGCAAUAUUGCUAAUAAUACUGCGGCACAUACUAGAGAAGUACUGGUUUGCGCCAUUCGGGAAGUCUUUAGGAAUUAAGAACACAAGACCAAAGAAAGCCCCCAGUAACCCCAAACUAGAGUUGGCGUACCAGACAUCGCCUAAAAUUAAACAUAAACAGUUCUUUUUGAGCAAGGAAGAGGUAAAUGUAGCACUGAUUUUAAGCACUUUAUUUUUAUAGUGGCACGUUGUUAUUUACUAUAGAAAUAUAUUAGAAGUAUCUAAG